AUGCUUCGGACCUCUUUGCGGUCUGUGUCAGGCCCUUCGAGCCGACAUGUUUGUCUCUCCUGUUUAGCUCGCCCUGGCGCGCUUGGUUUGCGCCAGUUUCACCGCAUAUCUGCACUCCGUAUCGAUAUAGGCGAAACCAAGCCGGCCGAUUUGUUUGACGCGUCGAUUGAGCCCUCAGCGCCAUUGCCGCCUAAUAGUCAGAUUCCAGAGACGCAAGAUGCGGCUUCUUCCGAAUCCCAGAAAUCCCCAAGGCGGCAUAUUAUUCCACCGAGAAAACUCACUGCUGCUGUAUGGGAUCAGAUGACCAACUCACAACGAACUAAUUACAAAAGGAGGCACCCAGAGUUGUACCAAAGGUUCAAGGAUUCAAUCACCGCAAAUGGGCAAACGACACUUCGGAAAGCAGUGGAGCUUGCAAUGGGGGAAGCCAAAUUAGCAGAACAAGAAGCAGCAAAGCCAGAAGCAGCAACGUCAGAGACAACCCCGUCAGAGGCAGCGUCAGAGCCAACCCCGUCAGAGCCAACCCCGUCAGAGGCAGCACGGGUGGAAGCAGAAAAAGUCAAGGCCUUGCAUCAGAGAAUGGCAACGGAAGAAGCCAGAAGGGAAAGAAAGUCGAAAAGCAAGGAGGAAAAACGACUGGCUAAUGCCAAACUUGAGCCUAAAAUGUUAAAGGGAAAGGAGGGUCUAGCAGCUACGCCAGCAGUCAGUGAACUGGAGAAGACGCGCAACUCGGAGUCCACGAGCAAUACGGUGGCUCAGAUAUUGGAAACCAGCUCCAAGAACGGUGUUGAAAGUCCGAAUAAGCCAUCAUUAAAGGUGGAGAUGGAGGAGAAGGCGGAUUUGGAAGAGGGGAUGGAGGAGAAGAAGGAGGUGGAUGAGCCCCUUUCUUUCCUUAAGCUUAACUUUUUGUCCAAGGACCGCGGGGCUCUUCAGUCAAAGGACCCAGAACUGCGCAUGAAAGAGGUGCGUGUCCCCAUGGCUCCUGUCCCACGCGUCGCCUUUGGCCUUGACCGAGUGCUUUUCAAUCCCGGUGUCUACCAGCUACGUGACCAUCGGACUCGUGUCUACAAUUUCGACCCCUACCUUGACCAGAUCAUGCCCGUAUCGGAGUUUGACUUUGGUACUCUGAAGCCGUAUAUCACCUCCUCUAAAGAUGUGACGGCUUGCGAAAUAACCAAGAAAAAUAAAAAGAAGUACUACGGCUCAUCGUCGAGCAUGACUUCGGUUCUCUCUCAUUUCCAUUUCCUUCUGUCUGCGUGGCGGCCUGUCGACAUUUCCAAACUGACACAAGGGUUUGGAGAAACUCCACGCAACUUCACCCGUCUCCUUCGAGCACCGACUGCCAUGUUCCUCCGUUAUAAUGAGGCUGAUGAUAUUUACGCCAUUGAUGCCGACAAGGAAUAUGACUCGGCUAAUAUCCUUAUGCACCUGGGCAAGUCAAUGGAGAAGCAACUCACGCUGCCAAAAGAAAAGUUUGAGCGCUACCGCCGAAGCGAUGCGAACAAGAUCACUGCAGAGGAAGAAGCAAGCGUCCCGGAGUCAUACCACUACAGCACCAUGGGCAAUUUCCUCCUGCGAGGGCAACUCGACGCCUACGAUCCCAGGUUACCAGGUACUGGCAUGUUCGACUUAAAAACACGUGCAGUAGUUUCGAUCCGCAUGGAACCCACCUCACACGAGCGCGGAAUGGGCUACGAGAUCAGACGCCGCUUUGGUAAGUGGGAGUCUUAUGAACGCGAAUACUUCGACAUGAUCCGCGCCGCCUUCCUCAAAUAUUCCCUGCAGGUGCGCGUUGGCCGCAUGGACGGCAUCUUCGUCGCGUAUCACAACGUCGAGCGCAUCUUUGGUUUCCAAUACAUCACUCUCGGAGAGAUGGAUCAGGCUUUACACGGCCAGGACAACGUCGAGCUCGGAAACGCCGAAUUCGAACUGAGUAUUGGUCUGUGGGAGAAAAUCCUAGACAAGGCAACACAGAGAUUCCCCAAACAGUCUCUGCGUUUCCACUUCGAGACACGCGAUGGUCCAACACCCUUCAUGUACAUCGUCGCCCAGCCCGUGACGAACGAAGAAAUCGACGCCAUCCAGUCAAAGAAUCAAGCCCAAAUCGAUGACUUCACUGACCGCCUCUUCAACCCGGACAAGUAUCAGCCCGAAGAAAGCGAGAGCGUGGAGUCAGCCGAAUCUAAGCCUGAAGGCGAAAGCCUCCGCACAGACGAGAAGCCCAAAACCAAAUCUCUCGCCGAUUCCCUUGCAGACGCCCUCUACCCAGUAGACCCGGCUGACGGCCUCGUCGAGGCAGGCGAGGAAGGCGAGGAAGGCGAGUUCGAGACGCCAGAAUCCACCAUCUUGUCCGACGCCUCUGUUUCCGAACCAGAAGCCCCCAAGCCCGAAGUGAAAGCGGAAGCGGAGCCCAAGACCAAAGACGCCGAAAACAAGCCCGAGCCCGCCAAGUGGGACGGUUACGAUGAGAACCUGCUAGCUAUGACACUCAUGGUGAAUAGCAAGGUGAACGGAGUUCCAGUGCAGCGGCCGUCAUAUUUCACCCCGUCUGACCGAUGGUCGAUUAACUACGAGCUCAACGAGCUUGAUGUGGAGGAGGGCAAUACUAUUCUGCGAUUACUUAAAAAUCGUCGAAACCAGGCUUUGAGAAAGAACGUGCAAGACCAUUCCAAUGUGUUUUUCACGAACUUGCAAAAGGUUACGAACAGAGGGCGUGCUUGGCGGAAACGUUUGGAUAAACAGGAUCGUGACCGUGGAAUUCUUGUUUAUAAGGAUUCUAGUGAGAUGGAGGUCUAG